AUGCCCCGUCGUGGGGCAAACAGCUCGUUCGGCAGCGACGCCACGACGACGACAACCGCGCUUCCCCAGAAAACCGCAUGGCCCGCGACCUUCACAGAUGGCCUCCCACUACCCAAGAUCGUCGUCUUCGACCUGGACUACACGCUCUGGCCUUUCUGGGUGGACACGCACGUCACAGGGCCGCUCAAGGCGCAGGAAGGUGGACUCAAGGUCAAGGACCGAUACGGCGAGGGUUACGGCUUCUAUUCUGACGUCGGAGGCAUAUUCGAUGCGCUCAAGCAAAAAGGCAUACUCAUCGGCGCCGCAUCGCGCACGCACGCGCCUGACCUCGGUCGCGAAAUGCUCAGCCUUCUCAAGAUACCCAGUUCUUCUUCGUCCUCAUCACAGCGCGCAAUAGACUAUUUCGACCAUUUACAGAUAUACCCGGGGGACAAAACCACACAUUUUGAGCGGAUACAUAGGGAUACGGGGAUUGAGUUCGAAGAUAUGCUGUUCUUUGAUGAUGAGAGCAGAAAUAAGAAUGUGGAGAAGCUCGGGGUGGUAAUGAAGCUUGUAAGAGACGGGGUCACGAUAAAUGAGAUUGAUGCGGGUGUGAGGAAUUGGAGGAAGAGGCACAAUAAGGUGCCAAUUUGA